AUGCUGUCUCAACGAAUCUUGGCCCGGCGCCUGCCCCAGGUUGCCGCCCGAGCCAUUGCUCCCCGCGCAUCCUUCUCCCAGGUCCCAGCUCUCCGUGCUGCUUCAGUUGACGAUCCUCUACAGAACAACAACUACCCCAACCCUCCCCGAGUGAAGCGGGCAUUCAGAGACCCCCAUGGCGGCUGGUGGGAUGCGCAAGAGAAGCGCAACUUUGGUGAGCCGGUGCACGAGGAUAACGAGAUCCUCGGUGUCUUCAGUCCCGAACAGUAUACCCACGUCUCCGCUGGCAAGGGUUUCCUCCACCUCGGAUGCUUCGUUGUUGCUUUCCUGGGCUUGGUUGGUAUUGUCAGCCUGAACUACCCUGACAAGCCAAGUGUUCCUAAGACCUAUGUCGACGGUCUGGAGAAGGAGUUGGGAGGUCCCAAUGCUCUGCCGGCUCGCAAGUCCGGCGAGGACAAGUGGUGA